AUGUUUUUCUUGUUUGUUCUAGCGAAUUCACACGCAUUUCAAUGUAUGCAUAAUGAAAAUGAGUACUGGCUUGUUCCCAAAAUAGAUCUUGCUUCAAUAAAGCAUCAAAAGAGAAAAUUAACAGAAUCUUCAUGGCGAAACAUUCGUAUUAAAAUCGUCACAGACUUUAUCACAUGGGAACUCGAUGAUGAAUUUAAAUGUAAGACCGUUGGGCAAACAAUUUCAUGGGAGCGUGGGACACAUCUAUGUACGGAAGAUGAUUUUUUAAAUGCUUCACGAAGAGCGAAUUUUUUAAGGACAUUGGAUAAUGUUAGAAUAUAUUUAGAGAAGUUACUCAAAGUGAUACCCGUUACAGGAUCGAUUACUAUGGAUUCGGCUGGUUCAUAUACUUUUACGUAUUCUCCAUUGAAAAGUUAUACAGGCUAUGAUUUAAUAUUACCAGUCGUUCUUAAGAAUUUCGGUGGUGAUAGUCCUCUUGCAAUGGCUGGUCCAACUGGUUAUGAAAGAACAUACAAGCGUCCAAUUAGUGGAAUUAUAUACUUAAAUACAAAGAAAAUUCCAGAUAAUACACAAAGUGAGUCAACAUGGCAACGUUGGUACUUCCAAGUUUUAAUUCACGAAAUUUGUCAUGUACUUGGUGUUACUGGUUCAAUGUUUUCUUCAUAUCAUCCAUAUGAGAACUCACAACCAUAUAGCAAUCCAACAUGUCAACUUACAAUACACAAGAAGUCUUUCACAUUCUUGACAACUCCUUAUUCACAUAUCUUCGCGAAGAAACGAUAUGGUGUUGAAACAUUUUCUAACGGAACUCACAGUUGUCCAUCAGGAAUCGAAAUCGAAGAUGGUGGUAAUGAAGGCACAUCUGGUUCUCACCUUGAAGGACGUGCUUUUUACUCUGAACUCAUGACAGGUCAAACAAUGUCUGCUGCUACAGGUCCAUUCGAGAGACUUACAGAUGCAGUGAUGGCAAUAUUACAAGAUACAGGAAAUUAUAAAUGUGAUUGGAGAUAUGCACAACCACUUGUUUGGGGUAAUCCAGAAUCAACAAUUGGUGGCCAACCAAUCAAUGACUUUGCAACAGGUGUUCCGUCUAAAGUUUUUCCAUCACAUUACAUGAAGAAACCAACCGGUGACAAUCUUGGUGGAACAGGCUUCAACUUCAAGACAUGGGGAAGUUGGCUUCCAUUACAAAAGGACUCCGCAGUUUCAUGUCCAAGUAGGUUCCGUAAAUAUGACCAAUAUUGUGGUCCAGCACGUUAUGAGUUUUAUAAUCCUUCAAGAGCUGAUUUUCAAUACAACAAAUAUAUUUUUGACUUCAUCAAUGUAACAUAUCCUUCCAAAAGUUGUCCAGAUGGUCAAGCAAUUUUACCUGGAGCAUCUCAAUACAAUAAUGUAUUUGAUGUCUGUGCACCAUAUACAUGUAACAAAUAUGAUAGUUACACGAUGAGAGUAACUGCUCUAGGUAAAACAACCACAAUAACAUGCGAUAAGAACAAUGUUGGUAAAGCAUUUACUUACCAAAUUCCUAUAGAAUUUAAUGGUCAGCAAAGUCCAAGAGAUAGAACAGCAUACUGUGUUCAUCCAGAAAUAUUCUGCAGAACAGUUAAACUCCAUGAAAUGACGUUUGCUGCUGAUCCUUUUGAUCCGAACUCGGUCCAACUGAAAGAUCCAUAUAAAACGCCAACUCCAACACCAAGAACGCCAACUCCAAAGACUCCUACACCAAGAACGCCAACUCCAAAGACUCCAACACCGAAAACACCGACACCAAAAACUCCAACUCCAAAGCCUCUAGAACCAAUGAUAUCAACACCAACAAAAUCAGAAUCAGAAUAUGAACCAUAUGUUACAUCAUCACCAGAACAUUCAGUUGUAUCACCUGAUCAAGAUGUGGAAAAUAAGGGAUCUGGCGAUCAAGAUGAAUCUAAAUCUAAUUCAAGCAAAUUAGGAUUCAAAACAAUGAAGUGGAUCAUUAUCGGUGCAGCAACUGGCAUGAUUGUUAUCAUUAUUGUCGUUGCAGUCAUUAUUGUAUGCAAAGCCAAAGGCAAUAAACAACCAUCAAGCGAUGAUGUCCUCCAUCAAGAAUUCUUAGUUUAA